UAUAAAUAAGAAUAAAAGGCUAAUGAUAUUCUUGCAGGAUAGACCUCGACUCCACCGAUAAGCCGUCUUUCGUAUUGAAUUCAGUUCCUCUCUAUGCUGGGGAUGAAUGCACCAAUGAGGAGCCUGACCAUCCACUCUCUCUAUAGCACAGCGAGCCCAAGCAUGCUGAAGAGGAAGCAGAGCUCGCGGGUCGAGGCCCAGCCUAUGACCGACUUUGGGCCAGAUGAAACACUGACAGACAGUGCAGACAUACUUUGGAUCAACAAACCAUGGGUUCAUUCUCUCCUGCGGGCCUGUGCCAUAAUCAGUGUCAUUUCGGUGUGUAUGAAUACACCUAAGACCUUUGAGCACUACCCACCCCUGCAGUAUGUCACUUUUGCCUUGGAUACGCUGCUGAUGUUCCUCUACACUGCAGAAAUGAUCGCCAAAAUGCAUAUCAGGGGCAUCAUCAAGGGAGAGAACUCCUAUGUUAAAGACCGCUGGUGCGUGUUUGAUGGCUUUAUGGUGGUCUUCCUCUGGGUCUCUCUUGUGCUUCAGGUGUUUGAAAUAGCAGAGAUUGUGGACCAAAUGUCACCCUGGGGAAUGUUACGCAUACCGAGGGCCCUCAUUAUGAUCCGAGCCUUCCGAAUCUACUUCCGAUUUGAACUGCCGCGUUCCCGCAUAACCAACAUUCUCAAGCGGUCGGGGGAGCAGAUUUGGAGUGUGUCCAUAUUUUUGCUCUUCUUCCUGCUCCUGUAUGGAAUCCUGGGGGUUCAGAUGUUUGGAACCUUCAAUCAUCACUGCGUCACCAAUGAAACACAGAAAGGUAAUGUGACAUGGAACAGCCUGGCGAUCCCUGAUACACACUGCUCUCCGAACGGGGAGGGUUAUCAGUGUCCGACGGGGUUUAAGUGUGUGGAUCUGGAAGACUUGGGACUCAGCAGACAGGAACUUGGAUACAGUGGCUUCAAUGAGCUUGGCACCAGUAUAUUCACUGUAUAUGAGGCAGCGUCUCAGGAGGGAUGGGUCUUCAUCAUGUAUCGAGCCAUCGAUAGCUUCCCAUGCUGGCGCUCAUAUUUCUACUUCAUCACGCUCAUCUUCUUCCUCACCUGGCUGGUCAAGAAUGUGUUCAUCGCUGUGAUUAUAGAAACGUUUGCUGAGAUCAGAGUGCAGUUCCAGCAGAUGUGGGGAUCCCGGAGCAGCACCACGUCAACAGCUACUACACAGAUGUAA